GAGAGAGAGAGAGAGAGAAUGUACAAAACAAAGGUGCAGGAGUUAUGCCAGAAGAAGCAAUGGAGGCCACCCAUGUACUCCACCAUGAAAGACGGACCUGACCACCACCCUCGCUUCAAAUCCUCUGUUUCUGUCAAUGGCCUGUUCUUUCACUCUCCCUUUCCCUCCAAAUCCUCCAAGGAUGCCCAAAACGCCGCCGCCAAACUCGCCUUCCUCCACUUCACCGGUUCCUCUGCCACAUUGCCUAGUACUGAACCGAUUGAUGUAGAGUCAAACACUACCACAGAAACGUAUCAUGGUGAUGAUGAUGAUCCCCAGAUUCAGUCAGACGCCUUACAUGUCACACUCACAGACGAUUUUCAAAGUCAAUACAAGAGCCUGCUGCAGAAAUAUGCGCAGCAGAAAAAUCUUGAUCCACCAUUAUACAUGAGUGAAAGUGAUGGCCCAUCCCACGCCAUUCGCUUCAAGGCUACAGUUACAGUUGGUGGUCAAACCUUUGAGAGCCCAAUGUUCUUCAAAACAUUAAAGGGGGCAGAGCAGGCUGCUGCAAAGGCUGCUUUAAUGUCAUUGUCACCUGAUGGCUUUCAGAAGGGUGACUUUGGUCUAUACAAGAAUCUCUUGCAGGAGUUAGCUCAGCAGGAAGGUUUCUCUAUACCAAUAUAUAAAACUACAAAAUCUGGUGAAUUACACUUGCCGACAUUCUAUUCCAGUGUGGAAGUAGAAGGAGAGAUAUUUCGUGGGAAAGAAGGGAAAUCCAAGAAACAGGCAGAGUUGAAUGCUGCUAAGGUUGCUUACUCUAUUCUAAAAGAGCGUAAGUCUCUUGUUCCUGUUUGUGAUGGUGGAUUGAGUCGGAGUGCUGAGGCUGCUUCUUCUAGUCUUGGUGAAGAUGAAGCUCUCCUAACUACAAGCUUAACAUUGACCAAGACCAUGGAAUCACAGCAGAACCUUGAAGAUGAGAAUCAUCUGCUUCCAUCUCCAAUCAUUAAGUACAAAGAAACUUCUAAAGAAGAAAGUACAGCAUUCAAUAUACUUUUGGCAUACAUGUCUCCAGUGGAUGGAAUUCAAGAAGUGGGUCUGAUGGAAACAUUAUCAUCCGCUGCCAAAUUUUGCACUAAGGACUCUAGUUCAUCUCCCGCAGUGCUGCAACUAGACCAGAAUACUGAGAGUGGGAACUCAUUUUCUUGUCCUGACUCAGUACCUUCGUCACCCAAACAAGGCCAAUUGUCUUCUCCUAAUUUGGCACAUCCCAAUUUUUCUGCUCUCUCAAAUUCAGACUCAAACAUGAAGAAUGUAGGAACAAUGAGUUACUUACUAUGCAACAGAGUAAGGGUGUAUACAAGCUUACCAGAUAUUGAAUUCCCCAAGGGCAUUACAGUGCUUCAAAUUGGUGACAACAAGUGGGUGGCUGUGAGCUUGGAGUUCCCAAAUGAAGAAGGUAACUGAUCUGGUGGAGUCGCUUUUAUCAAUUUCUCUGCUAAGUUGCUCUUUGUUAGG